GAAUCAUUUACAUUUUUCUUUACAGAUACAACAUGGGUAUAAAAUCAGUUGGUAUAUCGCAGUGUAAUGAAAAUACAAUGACAGCCUCUCUCAAGGUUCAAGUAACUGAAGAAAAACAGUUGAUUGCUGCAGAAGGGGUUGAAAGUGAACUUGAAACUGAAUUAGCUGACCUUGACCUCAAAAGCUCAGAAGAGAGCUCAGGGUCUACAGUUAGACGAAGAAAUGUUAAAAGGUCUUCAGUGGAGGAAGAAAUUGAGCAUAUUGAGAAUGUGACACUAGAAAGUGAUAAAGAGAAAAUUUGUAAAAAUGUAAAGAAAAAUGGUGUUGCAAAGACAGUGGAUCCACUGAAAUGGUUUGGCAUUCUGGUUCCACAAUCUCUGAGACAGAGCCAGAGUGACUUUAAAAUAGCUGCUCAAACAGCUUUGAACAUUGCUACAUUAAAAGUGAAAUUGUCAUCUUUGCAAGAGGAAUACAGCAUUCUUCUUAAAACUAAAGAAACUUUACAGUGAUUCAUAUAUUUUACAGUAAUUUAUAUACUUCACAGUAAUUUGUAAACUUUACAGUAAUUUAUUAACUUCACAGUAAUUUAUAUUCAGGUUUAAUUCUUUAGUUUCAAAAUGCAGAAUGCUUAAAUUUUAGUCUUAGACUGUGCAUAGACCUCUAAGAAAUGUUAUUUCUAUGUCUUUGUUAUGAAAUUUAAAUGUUGAAAUAAGGUUAAAGAAUAAUAUUAAACGGAUGAAAUUGGUUA